UUUCAUUCAUGCCCACUCCCCCUCUCUCUCUCUCUCUCUCUCUCUCUCUCACACCCCACACACUCUCCUCUUAUACAUUACAAUACACACACUCUCACACAGUUCCAAAAAACCUACACAGAAAACCCUUCCAUUUCUCUCUCUUUCUUUUCUCUCUCUCAAACCAAACACAAUCCAUUGUAGCUAGCUAGCUAGCUGCAUUUUGGGACAUUUUCCUCUCAGAUCUCAAGUUGGAAGGAAAAUUUCUAUACCUCAAAUCUGUUACUAUUUGAACGGAAAACGCGAGAGAAGAAAAUUAGUUACACAUCAGAUGCCCCAUGUGAGAUGGGGAAGAAAGCAGCGUGUUGGUGUUCCAAUCUUUUGAUUCUUUACCCUAUUCUGUUAAUAGCCGUCACAGUCACAUUCUCCGCCACUUCCUCCGCCGCACACAGAGUCUCCGAUGGCGGCCUCACAGACGCCGAAGCCAUGUACAUUAAGCAGCGUCAGCUUCUGUACUAUAGAGAUGAGUUCGGUGACAGAGGUGAGAAGGUCACGGUGGACCCGUCGUUGGUGUUCGAGAACAACCGCAUCAGAAACGCUUACAUAGCUUUACAAGCUUGGAAGGAAGCCAUUCUCUCUGAUCCCAGGAACUACACUGUUAACUGGGUUGGGGCUGAUGUUUGUAGCUAUAGCGGUGUUUUCUGUGCUCCCGCGCCGGAUAAUCCUAAGAUCCGGACGGUUGCCGGCAUUGACCUCAACCACGGUGACAUUGCCGGGUAUUUGCCGGAGGAGCUGGGUUUGCUCACAGAUCUUGCGCUGUUCCACAUCAAUAGUAACAGAUUCUGCGGUACGGUUCCGCAUAAGUUUGAUAGGCUCAAGAUCUUGUUUGAGUUGGACCUGAGUAACAACAGAUUCGCCGGGAAGUUUCCGGCGGUGGUGCUGCGGUUGCCGGAGCUGAAGUUUCUAGAUCUGAGGUUUAAUGAGUUUGAAGGGACGGUGCCGAAGGAGCUGUUUGAUAAGGACUUGGAUGCGAUAUUCAUCAACAGUAACAGGUUCGUGUUUGAUUUGCCGGAUAAUUUUGGAAACUCGCCGGUGUCGGUGAUUGUUCUGGCGGAUAACAAGUUCCACGGUUGUGUGCCGGCGGGGAUCGGGAACAUGACGAGGCUGAAUGAGAUUAUUCUGAUGAAUAAUGGGUUUAGGUCUUGUUUGCCGGAGGAGCUGGGUUUGUUGAAGAAUCUCACGGUGUUUGAUAUUAGUUACAACCAGCUUUUGGGGCCGUUGCCGGCGGCGAUUGGUGGCGCGGUGAGUUUGGAACAGCUUAAUGUGGCUCACAAUUUGCUCUCCGGGAAGAUUCCGGAGACGAUUUGUGCGCUGCCGAAUUUGCAGAACUUUACUUACUCUUACAAUUUCUUCACUGGUGAGCCUCCGAAGUGUUUGGCCUUGCCGGCGUUUGAUGACCGGAGAAACUGCUUGCCGGCGAGACCGGUUCAGCGCUCCGCCGCGCAAUGUAAGUCGUUUUUGUCUCACCCUGUUGAUUGUAAGUCGUUUAGGUGUAAGCCUUUUGUUCCUUCACUGCCUUCACCACCACCUGCCCCUGUUUUUCAAUCCCCUCCACCGCCAGUUGCAUCACCACCACCACCGUCACCGGUGUCUUUGCCGCCACCAGUUUUCUCUCCACCACCGGUUUAUUCCCCACCUCCACCUCCUCCACCGCCACCACCUCCCCCACCGGUGUCCUCCCCACCUCCGCCACCACCUUCCCCACCACCGCCUUCUCCUCCACCUCCAUCACCUCCACCACCGGUUUACUCCCCACCACCGCCUCCUCCACCAGUGUACUCUCCACCACCUCCCCCACCUUCACCGCCUCCUCCUUCCCCUCCACCACCGCCUCCUCCAGUCUACUCUCCACCUCCUCCCCCACCUUCACCACCUCCCCCUGUCUAUUCUCCACCUCCUCCCCCACCUUCACCUUCACCACCGCCACCCUCACCACCGCCUCCUGUGAUGUCACCACCUCCACCACCACCACCCUCUCCAAUUCCACCACCAUACUGUGUCCACUCUCCACCACCACCACCACCAAAUUCACCACCACCACCACCUCCACCAGCUCCUGUAUUCUCCCCACCUCCACCUGUGCCUUACUACUACAACUCACCGCCACCACCAUCACCAUCACCGCCACCACCUCAUCAUUCACCACCACCCCCACCACCAACGCCCUCUCCACCAAUCUAUCCCUAUUUAUCACCCCCACCACCUCCUCCUGUCCACUCUCCCCCACCACCAGUCCAUUCACCACCCCCACCAUCUCCCCCACCUUGUAUAGAACCCCCACCACCACCACCACCAUCAUCUCCACCACCAUGUGAAGAACACUCACCUCCACCACCCUCACCACACCCUGCACCUUACCUGCCACCACCUUCCCCAGUUCAUUAUACACCACCAGCCUAUGUUUCUCCUCCACCACCACCAGCCUAUGUUUAUGCUUCACCACCACCCCCAGUUCAUUAUCAACCACCACCUGCCCCUGUAUAUGAAGGGCCUUUACCACCUGUGGUCAGCAUCUCGUACGCUUCUCCUCCCCCACCACCCUUCUAUUGAUUCUUUUGAGAACUUUACUCCUCUAACCCCAUUCCCACCACCCACAAAACAUUCAAUAGUUCACAUUUUUCUUAAUGAUGCGACUCUCGUCGCAUUUGGGGGCAGAAAUAAACCAAGAGAAUGAGAAGGGUUUAUGUAAGGCACAUCAAUAUUUGUUCUUGUUUCGCGUCGUCAAUAGCACAAUUACAGUGAUGAAGAUGAAGAGGUUACACAGUGGAUUGAGGUAAGAGGAGAAAGUCUCUCUGCAUAUUGAUUUGAAUUGUUAUGGAUAUUCAAGAGUUGUGAAAUAAAAUUGGCAGAGAAAGAGUAGGUUGCAGAGAAAAUGUAUGUAUAGGGAUGAACCAGAGACCAUAAUUCAGGGCUAGCUGCAAAGACAGACAGUGGCACCUCCUGCUGCUGCUGCUUGAUUGUGGAGUUUAUUGUUAUUGUCUCUUAUAUCAUACUUUUUUUUUUCUUUUUUUAAUUUUUCUUUAUUUAUUUUGCUUUGCAAUUUAUGGUAUAAUUUAUGAACAUCUUACAAUGUAUUGAUUUUCUGAAUUGAGGUUAUUCCUUUCUCUUA